UCUUCUGGUUUUCACCUUCUCUGUUAAUUUGUACUAACCAAUCUUGUCUUUUCCCUCUAUUAACUUUGCUUAUGUUAUAAAAAACAGUCUUCAAUGUCGGUCACUUACUUUUAGUUGAUCCACUUCACCGUCUUCUUCUUCUUGAAUACUUGUAUUACUGCCUGACACUUCCAUUACUAAAGCUCGAGAUCUUGAUCAUAUCAAGGGAGCUUUAGAAGAAGCAACAAAGAUCAAAGCAGAGUAGCAAAAGCAAGCAAAUGAAGUUAAUUUGGAGGCUAAAGUCCCUUGAUAAGUACAACAAUUGGAUAUUCAAGCUAGCAAUUACAGUUCUCUUGUUGGGUUUUGCUUUUAGAUUCUUUUUCUAUCAAUCUUCAAGUUUUGAACCAAAUAUAGAAACCCCUUUUGUUGAUAGCACUGAAUUGUCAAAGGAACCUGUUCCUUCUGUUGAGAUUCCAAAACCACCACCACCUGUUACUGUUGAUAUUCCAAAGCCACCUGCUUCCGUGAAUACUUCUCUAUCUUCCGGUGUACAAGAACACGAAGACGAGACAUCUCAAGAAGAACUUAAUGAUGGAAAGUGUGAUCUUUUCACUGGGGAUUGGAUUCCCAAUUCAUCCGGACCAAUGUACACAAAUGCCACUUGCUCCUUGAUUGAAGGUCAUCAGAAUUGUAUGAGGAAUGGACGACCAGAUUCAGGCUAUCUAUUCUGGAGGUGGAAUCCGCGAGACUGUGAGUUACCUCCGUUUGAUGCUCAAAGUUUUCUUGAGGUGAUGAGGAAUAAAAGAUGGGCAUUGAUUGGUGAUUCAAUAUCCCGCAACCAUGUGCAGUCGUUGCUAUGCAUUCUCUCAACAGUUGAACAAGCAGUUGAAGUUUACCACGAUGAGGAGUACAAAUCCAAAAGAUGGCACUUUCCUUCUCACAACUUUACCAUGUCAAACAUCUGGUCUCCUUUCCUUGUAAAAGCUGCCAUCUUUGAAGAUAAUAAUGGUGUUUCAUCAUCUGAAGUUCAGUUGCAGCUUGACAAACUUGAUACGAACUGGACAAAUCUCUACCAGAGCUUUGACUACAUGAUAAUCUCUACUGGAAAAUGGUUCCUCAAAGCUGCUAUCUACCAUGAGAAUGACACAGAAGUGGGCUGUCAUAUAUGUCCUGGAAAGAACCUGACAGAGACAGGAUUUGUCUUUGCUUAUGAGAAAGCCCUGAGAUAUGCAAUGAACUUCAUUGCAACAUCCAAACACAAGGGAUUGAUCUUUUUCAGGACAUCCACACCAGAUCAUUUUGAGAAUGGAGAAUGGCACAAUGGAGGGAAUUGUACGAAAACAACACCAGCUAAAGAAGGUGAGAUUGAAUUGAAGGACUUGAACAAGAUUCUGCGUGCGGUUGAAUUAGCUGAGUUUGAGAAGGCAUCUGCGAAAGCUGCUGAAAAUGGGGUAAAUCUUAAACUCCUCGAUUUCACAAAUCUUUUGUUAUCAAGACCUGAUGGCCAUCCGGGUCCAUACAGGCAGUUUCAUCCAUUUGCGCAGGACAAAAAUGCGAAAGUUCAGAAUGAUUGUUUACAUUGGUGUUUACCUGGGCCUAUUGACUACUGGAAUGAUGUGAUAAUGGAGAUGGCUGUAAAUGGCUGAGAAGAUUAGCUAGAAGUAGAUGAUUAAAACCUACCAUAUUCUUCUACAUUUUCUUUGGUUAUGUGAGCAUUGGGAGCUUGUGUAUAUGUGCGUCUUCAUUGUCAAUUACAUUUGUCACAUAUCUGGCUUUACCUGGAGUUCAUCAACCAUUCAGCCAGCAGAUUUUUUCAGCUAUUGAGACUGCGGAGAAGGAGAUAGUGAAGAAGGAGAUAGUCAAGCUUAAUUUUAGCCCAUGUUGUUUGCAUCUAUAAUUUUUCAGAUUUAUUCACCAUUGCUUCAUAUAAGAUUUCCACUUCUUGAUAUUCGAUCAAGGGUCUCCUUUAUAUAUAUAUAUAUAAUUUUUGUUUAUUA